AUGCUGGCACCAGCAGCACCUGCUGUCGUCAAAGCAACGGCAAUAGGUAUGAAUGCCAUUCCAAAUGAGGAAACAAAUUAACAAUGGUUAAUGGUUAUCCUCUCAGCUGCUUUGACAAUAGGCUUAUUGAUGAACCAUUAACUUUUAAGCCUAAUAUUUAAAUUAAUAAUAAAACAUGGAGUUCUGAAACAUGUUUAACUUCUGAAUAACUAGAUAUUACAUACUGAAGAGGUCCAGUAUGUAGCUUUGUGGCGACAUGACCAAAUUCACAUAGAAAUGUGAGUUAUAUAUCUGUCAUUCUCAUUGAAAGCAAGUGUGAUAAGUGGUAGAUACAUUCUACGUGUGCUAUUUCUAUGCUUCUUCCGGUCCUUAAGUUUAGCUUUUACUUAUUUUUACUCUUUUGUACACCAGUUUCAAACAGCUGAAAAUAAGAUAUUUUUGGUAAUUGAAAAUAUUUUCCCAUCUGUUUAGAUUGUACAAUGUGUUUUGAUACCAUUCCAUUAACUAUUAUGAGCUGUCCUCCCCUCUGCAGCCUCCACUGACACAUACACAAUCCAUGUCUCAUUUGGCUCAAGGCUUAAAAAUCCAUCUUUAACCUGUCUCCUCCACUUCAUCUACACUGAUUGAAUUGGAUUUAACAAGUGACAUCAAUAAGGGAUCAUAGCUUUCACUUGGAUAAACCUGGUCAGUCUAUGUCAUGGAAAGAGCAGGUGUUCUUAAUGUUUUGUACACUCAGUGUAUAUGCUUUCUAGCCUACAUAAAGUUGAAUAAAAGUAGGUUGUGUGACAUUUCCAGGACAGCACAGUGAAUUUUGUAUUGGAUAGGUUCAUUACAUUGUCACUUUCAAUUUCUCUUUCUGAAACUGUCAUCUUUCCUCCAGAGCCUAAGUUCAUUGGGUCGGUGGUGAUUCCUGAUAACAAUGACAGGGAUGAUGACAAGGUCUACUUCUUCUUCACGGAGAGAGGGAUGGACGCAGAGGGGGUUAACAAGGCUGUUUACACCCGGGUGGGACGAGUCUGUGCGGUGAGAACGGAACUAAUGCUUUGUUUUAUCCUGCAUGCCAGCAUAUCCCCAUAUACAGUGCCUUCAGAAAGUAUUCAUACCCCUUGACUUAUUCCACAUUUUGUUGUGUUACAGACUGAAUUAAAAAUGGAUUAAAUAAAACAAAUUAACACCCAUGUAUACACAAUACCAUAUAAUGAAAAAGUGAAAACAUGUUUUUAGAAAUAUUUGCAAAUUUAUAGAGAAUGAAAUACAGAAAUAUCUUAUUUACAUAAGUAUUCACACCCCUGAGUCAAUACAUGUUAGAAUCUCCUUUGGCAGCAAUUACAGCUGUGAGUCUUUCUAGGUAAGUCUCUAAGAACUUUGCACACCUGGAUUGUACAAUAUUUGCCAAUUAUUAUUUUCAAAAGUCUUCAUGCUCUGUCAAAUUGGUUGUUGAUCAUUGCUAGACAACUAUUUUCAAGUCUUGGCAUAGAUUUUCAAUUAGAUUUACGUCAAAACUUAUGAACAUUCAAUGUCUUCUUGGGAAGUAACUCCAGUGUAGAUUUGGCCUUGUGUUUUAGGUUAUUGUCCUGCUGAAAGGUGAAUUCAUCUCCCAGUGUCUGGUGGAAAGCAGACUGAACCAGGUUUUCCUUUAGGAUUGUACCUGUGCUCAGCUCCAUUCCAUUUAUUUUUUAUCCUGAAAAACUCCCCAGUCCUUAAUGAUUACAAGCAUACCCAUAACACGAUGCAGCCACCACUAUGCUUGAAAAUAUGGAGCGUGGUACUCAGUAAAGUAUUGGAUUUGCUCCAAACAUACAGUGCCUUCGGAAAGUAUUCAGACCCCUUGACCUUUUCCACAUUUUGUUAUGUUACAGCCUUAUUCUAAAAUUGAUUAAAUGGUUUUUUCCCCCCUCACCAAUCUACACACAAUACCCUAUAAUGACAGAGCAAAAACAGUUUUUUUUUAGAAAUGUUUGCUAAUUUAUUGAAUAUAGAAAACGGAAAUAUAAGUACUCAGACCCUUUACUCAGUACUUUGUAGAGGCACCUUUGGCAGCGAUUACAGCCUUGAGUCUUCUUGGGUAUGAUGCUACAAGCUUGGCACACUUGUAUUUUGGGGAGUUUCUCCCAUUCUUCUCUGCAGAUCCACUCAAGCUCUGUCAGGUUGGAUGGGGAGCGUCGCUGCACAGCUAUUUUCAUGUCUCUCCAGAGAUGUUCGAUCGGGUUCAAGUCCGGGCUCUGGCUGGGCCACUCAAGGUCAUUCAGACACUUGUCAUGAAGCCACUCCUGUGUUGUCUUGGCUGUGUGCUUAGGGUCGUUGUCCUGAUGGAUAGUUAACCUUCGUCCCAGUCUGAGGUCCUGAGUGCUCUGGAGCAGGUUUUCAUCAAGGAUAUCUCUGUACUUUGCUCCGUUCAUCUUUUCCUCGAUCCUGACUAGUCUCCCAGUCCCUGCAGCUGAAAAACAUCCCCACAGCAUGAUGCUUCCACCACCAUGCUUCACCGUAGGGAUGGUGCCAGGUUUCCUCCAGACGUGACACUUGGCAUUCAGGCCAAAGAGUUCAAUCUUGGAUUCAUCAGUCCAGAGAAUCUUGUUUCUCAUGGUCUGAGAGCCGUUAGUUGCCUUUUGGCAAACUCCAAGUGGGCUGUCAUGUGCCUUUUACUGAGGAGUGUCUUCUGUCUGAUCACUCUACCAUAAAGGCCUGAUUGGUGGAGUGCUGCAGAGAUUGUUGUCCUUCUGGAAGGUUCUCCCAUCUCCACAGAGGAACUAUAGAGCUCUGUCAGAGUGACCAUCGGGUUCUUGGUCACCUUCCUGACCAAGACCCUUCUCCCACGAUUGCUCAGUUUGACCGGGUGGCCAGCUCUAGGAAGAGACUUGGGGGUUCCAAACUUCUUCAUUUUAAGAAUGAUGGAGGCCACUGUGUUCUUGGGGACCCAAUGCUGCAAAAAAUGUUUUGGUGCCCAUCCCCAGAUCUGUGUCUUGACACAAUCCUGUCUCAGAGCUCUACGGACAAUUCAUUCGAACUCAUGGCUUGGUUUUUGCUCUGACAUGCACUGUCAACAGUGGGACCUUAUAUAGACAGGUGUGUGCCUUUCCAAAUCAUGCCCAAUCAAUUGAAUUUACCACAGGUGGACUACAAUCAAGUUGUAGAAACAUCUCAAGGAUGAUCAAUGGAAACAGGAUGCAUCUGAGCUCAAUUUCGAAUCCCAUAGCAAAGGGUCUGAGUAUCUAUGUAAAUAAGGUAUUUCUGUUUUUUAUUUUUAAGACAUUUGCAUACAUUUCUAAAAACCUGUUUUCGCUUUGUAUUAUGGGGUAUUGUGUAUAGAUUAUUGCUGAGGAUUUGUAUUUAUUUAAUCCAUUUUAGAAUAAGGCUGUAACGUAACAAAAUGUGGAAAAAGUCAAGGGGUCUGAAUACUUUCCGAAGGCAUUGUAACACGUUGUAUUCAGGACAAAGUUAAUUGCUUUGCCACAUUUUUUGCAGUAUUACUUUAGUGCCUUGUUGCAAACAGGAUGCAUGUUUUGGAAUAUUUUAUUUCUGUACAGGCUUCCUUCUUUUCACUCUGUCAAUUAGGUUAGUAUUGUGGAGUAACUACAAUGUUGUUGAUCCAUCCUCAAUUUUGUCCUAUCACAGCCAUUAAACUCUGUGACUGUUUCAAAGGCGCCAUUGGCCUCAUGGUGAAAUCCCUAAGUGGUGUCCUUCCUCUCCAGAAACUGAGUUAGGAAGGACGCCUGGAUCUUUGUAGUGACUGGGUGUAUUGAUACAUAAUCCAAAGUGUAAUUAAUAACUUCACCAUGCUCAAAGGGAUAUUCAAUGUGGGGUUUUUUUGUGGGUUUUUUUACCCAUCUACCAAUAGGUUCCCUUCUUGGCGAGGCAUUGGAAAACCUCUCUGGUCUUUGUGGUUGAAUCUGUGUUUGAAACUCACUGCUCGACUGAGGGAAUUUACAGAUAAUUGUAUGUGUGGGGUCAUGUUAAGCACAAAUCAUGUUGAACACUAUUAUUUCACACAGAGUGAGUGAAAUACUUAUUUGCCCAAGACAUUUCAGCUUUUUAUUUUUUAUUAAUUUGUAAACAUUUUUUAAAACAUAAUUCCACUUUGGCGUUAUGAGAUAUUGUGUGUAGGCCAGUGAAAAAAUAUCUAAAUUCAAUCUAUUUUAAAUUCAGGCUGUUACACAACAAAAUGUGAAUACUUUCUGAAGGUAGUGUAUCAUUUCAUCGCCUCCCUUCCAUUCUAACCAAUUCCCUUCCCUGUCCCCCUCUCCAUCCCCUCCCUUCAGAAUGACCAGGGAGGUCAGAGGAUGUUGGUGAAUCGUUGGAGCUCCUUCCUAAAGACUCGUCUCAUCUGCUCUGUGGCUGGACCCAACGGCAUUGACACACACUUUGACGAGCUAGGUACAGAUGUGUGUGUGUGUGUGUGUGUGUGUGUGUAUGUGCGAAGGCAGGGGAUACAGCUAUAGUACUUUUACUCUCUCUCUCCCUCCCUCCUCCUCUCUCUCCCUCCCUCUCUGUCUCCCACUCUCUCUCUCUCUCUCCCUCUCUCUUUCUUCAAAUUCAAAUUCAGAUUGCUUAAUUGCCAUGAAAUACAAUUUGUAGAUAUUGCCAAAGCAGUAUAGUGGUACAGCAUUUCAGUAAAUACAGUACAAUGCAAUGGGGAUAAUGAAAUACAGUCAAUUUCAUUAGUAAUAAUAAUAGUACAUAUAAUCAUGUAUACAGGUACAACACUACUGCUGUUGUACUGUGUAAUCUUCAGUCGAUACAUUUAAUAAAAUAAAACGAAGAUUAUAAAAAUAAAAAGAAAGAAUGGCUAAUAAAUAAACAACAACAUUUACAUGGAUAAUGGUUACACUAUGUUUUACUUGUAAGUUAUAUACAAUAAAUACUUCAAGGAAUUAAUGGUCAUGGGAUGUCCCUCAGGCUAUGGCAAUCAUAUACUCGGGCUCCCAAGUGGCGCAGCGGUCUAAGGCACUGCAUCUCAGUGCUAGAGGCGUCACUACAAACCCUCUGAUUCGAUUCCAGGCUGUAUCACAACUGGCUGUGAUUGGGAGUCCCAUAGGGCUGCGCACAAUUGGCCCAGCGUUGACCGGAUUUGGCCGGUGUAGGCCGUCAUUGUAAAUAAGAAUUUGUUCUUAACUGACUUGCCUAGUUAAAUAAAGGUACAAAAAUAAAACCACUUGAGUGUUGCUUUAGCAGUAUACUUAGGGUCAUUGUCUUGCUGGAAGGUGAACCUCCGUCCCAGUCUCAAAUCUCUCGAAGUCUGAAACAGGUUUCCCUCAAGAAUUUCGCUGUAUUUAGCGCCAUCCAACAUUCCUUCAAUUCUGACCAGUUUCCCAGUCCCUGCCGAUGAAAACAUCCCCAAAGCAUGAUGCUGCCACCACCAUGCUUCAUUGUGGGGAUGGUGUUCUCGGGGUGAUAAGAGGUGUUGGGUUUGCGCCAGACAUAGCGUUUUCCUUGAUGGCCAAAAAGUUACAUUUUAGUCUCAUCUGACCAGAGUACCUUCUUCCAUAUGUUUGCCUUUUGGCGAACACCAAACCUGUUUGCUUAUUUUUUUCUUUAAGCAAUGGCUUUUUUUCUGGCCACUCUUCUGUAAAGCCCAGCUCUGUGGAGUGUAUGGCUUAAAGUGGUCCUAUGGACAGAUACUCCAACCUCCGCUGUGGAGCUCCUUCAGGGUUAUCUUUGGUCUCUUUGUUGCCUCUCUGAUUAAUGCCCUCCUUGCCUCGUCCGUGAGUUUUGGUGGGCGGCCCUCUCUUGGCAGGUUUGUUGUGGUGCCAUAUUCUUUCAAUUUUUUAAUAAUGGAUUUAAUGGUGCUCCGUGGGAUAUUCAAAGUUUCUGAUAUUUUUUUAUAACCCAACCCUGAUCUGUACUUCUCCACAACUUUGUCCCUGACCUGUUUGGAGAGCUCCUUGGUCUUCAUGGUGCCGCUUGCUUGGUGGUGCCCCUUGCUUAGUGGUGUUGCAGACUCUGGGGCCUUUCAGAACAGGUGUAUAUAUACUGAGAUCAUAUGACACUUAAGAUUGCACACAGGUGGACUUUAUUUAACUAAUUAUGUGACUUCUGAAGGUAAUUGGUUCCACCAGAUCUUAUUUAGGGGCUUCAUAGCAAAGGGGGUGAUUACAUAUGCACGCACCACUUUUCCAUUAUUUAUUUUUUUGAAUUAUUUUGAAACAAGUUAUUUCUUUCAUUUCACUUCACCAAUUUGGACUAUUUUGUGUAUGUCCAUUACAUGAAAUCCAAAUAAAAAUCAAUUUAAAUUACAGGUUGUAAUGCAACAAAAUAGGAAAGACGCCAAGGGGGAUGAAUACUUUUGCAAGGCACUGUACUUAUCGGGCAGUAAUAUUAGCGGUUUCUCCCUCACCUAGAAUAAUUCCCAGCUUUAUGUUGUUAGUAAAUGCACAGAAGUUGGGAAUUAAUUGAGAUAUUUUGGGAGUAUUUCUCACAGUAGAGGAAAAAGUGCAUCUCUGUCUCUACCUCCCCUGUCGUGCAGUGACCACAUAGACGCUCCUCUUUGGGUAGCCAUGUCUUUUCAUGUCUCUCUUUUUCUAUAGCCAAUUGGUGGUCGCUGAGCCUGUAUUCUGUCAGGAUCUGUCUCUGUUUUGUAUCUCUGACAGAGUAGAGAUAUUCUGCCAAUUUGUAUUCUCUUUUGAGGGCCAAAUAGCAAUUUAGUUUAUUCUGUGUUUUUGUUUCAUUUUCCCAAUUUGUGAAAUUGGAGGUUUUCAUUUCUGUAACAAUUUUAUUGAUUUCCCCGUGUGUUUGGAUAAUAGGGUUGUUUAGUGUUUUUAACAGCUGACAUUGGGGACUAUUUUCAGGGUUCAGCUCUUGGGUUUCCAGUGCUUUGAAUUGUAAGGAUGUUUUGGGGCUUAAUUUCAAAUGGUGCCAAAAAUGUUGUGUAAUUUUCUAUAUAUUUAAAAUGAAAGGGAAUCAUCCGAGUUCCGCUCUGCUUGCAUUAUUUGGUGCUUUCUUUUGGAUAUUUAGGAUAAUUCUGCAGAAUUCUGUAUGUAGAUUUUCUAUUGGGUUUUUCUCCAAAUGUUUAUAAAUGUAAUUACAGGUUGGACCCCAAACCUCACUUCCAUAUAGUGCAAUUGGUAAAAUUACACAAUUGGUAAAAUUACAAAAUUACACACAAUUGAUACAGGUUGUAAUUUCUGGGCAGUGCAAUGCUGUGUUGAAGUGUGUUGCGCUGUCAGGGGCCCAUCUGUAGGUUUUAUUUUGAUUAAUCAGUGUACAGGGAUCUGUUUGUGUGGUCUUGUGGAGAAGUCUUUUCAAAAGGACAUUAAUCUGACAGUGGUCAGACAAUGGUGUCUGUGGUCUGACAGUGAAUGCACUAAUGGAGGAGGGGUCCAAGUCUGAGAUUGCAUAGUCAACAAUACUGGUCCCAAGAGUUGAGCAGUAGGUGAACCUUCCCAAAGAAUGCCCUCUAAUCCUGCCAUUAAGAAAAUACAGGCCUAAAGCUCGACAGAGAUGCACAAACUCCUUUCCAUUUUUGUUCACUACCUGGUCAGGACUAUUUCUAUUACUAGUGAUGGGAAUCGGGUAUAAGGAGGGAUGUCCAAACGUGGAAAAAGUAAAGGGUUCUGAAUACUUUCCGAAUGCACUGUAUAUGUCUCAACAGGAGGCUGGCUCUGCAUAUGUGAGCUGGCAGUGAGGCUGAGUUAUUGUCUGGGCUGGGAUACCUUCCUGUUGGCCACUAUUUGUCCUACCCCUAGAGUACAGUCCAGUGCUGUGAAGUGUUGGGCUGAGCUGAGCUGUGUCCAGCACCGCUGGGCUGAGCUGGGCUGGAUUCGGGCACUGCUCGGCUGAACUGAGUUGGUUCUGGCUCCGCCGGGCUGAGCUUGUCUGGGUCUAGCGCCGCUGGGUUCGGACAUGUUGGCAGGGGCUGGAGAUGUCUGUGUCUGGCUCAACUGGGAUGAAAUUAGCCUCCUCUCUCUUCUUGGAUAGCGGGGAGGUGGGAGGGCUCUGUUGCUGGGCUGGUAUGAUUGUGGAACUCUGCCUAACGUCCUUGGCAAAGAUUCUGACUCCCUCAUGGUCCAGGUGUACAUGGUCGUACAAGUGCUUACAUGUCAGGGUGUGGUGGUGAGAGAUGCUGACAUUUGGUAGUGAGGCACAGUCCAUGGCGAUUUUCUGGUUGACAUUGUGGAUCAUUUGCCAGGAGAGAUUUAUCCUUGGUAGGACGGUGGAUAUAAUGAUGUUUGUCCUUGGGAACAGGGUGUAUGCUUUCUCUGCCACCUUUCUCGCUUCCUCAGCCACUCUUUCUCCUUUUGUGCGCAGGUCAUUUGUCCCAGUAUGUCUGAUAAAUUUGUCUGGAAUUUUCCAGCUUGGCUUGAUAGAGCAGUUGUAGUGCACUGCCAGUAGUGGGACACCAUAAUUUAGCUGUCUGGUGUCUUGGGAAUAGUCUCCUAUCUUCUAGAUACUUCCCAUUAGAGUCUAUCAGAACUUCAGUUUUUGGAGGUCUCCUGGGUUGAACUGGAUCCUGUCCCCUGUCCUCUGGAGGUGUGUUCAGCUGAACAUGGUCAAACUGCUAAUGGGUUUGGCAGGUCAGGGUAGACUGUGGCAGGCUGGGAGGUUGGCAGGUCAGGGUAGACUGUGGCAGGCUGGGAGGUUGGCAGGUCAGGGUAGACUGUGGCAGGCUGGGAGGUUGGCAGGUCAGGGUUGACACUAAGAAGCUGAGAGGCUUGUGAGGCAGAUGGGGUGAAGGCUGCACUGGGCUCAGGGGUAUCUGGGCUUCCACCAGGCUGAUGGGGCUGCUCUGUUGGUGGCAUGGUCAGAAGCUGCUGACGGAGGGCAUCGAUGUCCCUCUCUUUCUGCUAAAGUUCCACCUUUACCACACACAGCUCCUCUUGGAGGGCAUCAUUGGACUGUGUCAUUUGUUCAGUGUUCUGUCUUAACUUCUAUCUUAACUGUUCUAUUGAAGCACGGCUCUCCUCCUGGAAAUGCCUCAACUCUUUCAUCAGUGUCUGGACAGUGUUACAUUCUUGUUGUUUGCGCUCCCUAAAUUCCGUAAUUUCCACUUCAAGUAAUAAUAAUAAUAAUAAUAAUAAUAAUAAUAAUAUGCCAUUAGCAGACGCUUUUAUCCAAAGCGACUUACAGUCAUGUGUGCAUUAUGGGACCCAUCUCGUCCAAAAGGUUGACUCAAGUUUGCCAAAAAGCACCUGGAUGAUCAUCAAGACUCUUGGAAGAACGUUCUAUGGACAGAUGAUUCAAAAGUAUAACUUUUUGGACGACAUGGUUCCAGUAAUACCUGGCGAAAACCAAACUCUGAAUUCCACAGUAAGAACAUCAUACCAAAGGUCAAGCAUGGUGGUGGUGGUGUGAUGGUUUGGGGAUGCUUUGCUGCCUCAGGACCUGGACGACUUGCCUUAAUAGAAGGAACCAUGAAUUCUGCUCUGUAUCAGAGAAUUCUACAGGAGAAUGUCAGACCAUCCGUCUGUGAGCUGAAGCUGGAGCGCAACUGGGUCAUGCAGCAAGACAAUGAUCCAGAACACACAAUCAAGUCUACAUGAAAAUUGCUAAAAAGCAACAAAUUAGACGUUUUGGAAUGGCCUAGUCAAAGUCCAGACCUAAUCCCAAUUGAGAUGUUGUGGCAGGACUUGAAGCGAGCAGUUCAUGCUUGAAAACCCACACGUCACUGAGUUAAAGCAGUUCUGCAUGGAAGAGUGGGCCAAAAUUCCUCCACAGCGACGUGAGAGACUGAUCAACAACUACAGGAAGCAUUUGGUUGGAGUCAUUGCAGCUAAAGGUGGCACAACCAGUUAUUGAGUGUAAGGUGGCGAUUACUUUUUCACACAGGGGAAUUGGGUGUUGCAUAACUUUGUUUAUGAAAUAAAUGAAAUAAAUAUGUAAUUGUUGUGUUAUCUGUUCUCUUAUGUUCCCUUUAUCUAAUAUUAGGUUUUGGUUGAAGAUCUGAUAACAUUCAGUAUCACAAAUAUGCAAAAGUAGAGAAAAUUAGAAAGGGGGCAAAUACUUUUUCAUAGCACUGUAAAUAAUACUAGAUAUUAGGAGCACAUCAUUUUACCUACUGGUUUUGGAACUCUCCUAAAUAAUAACAUCUCUUUCUUGUGUGUGUGUGUCAUUUCAGAGGAUAUAUUUGUGUUGAAGAACAAGGAUGAGAAGAAUCCAGAGAUCUUUGGCCUCUUCAGCACUACAAGGUCAGCUUAGUCAUGUUUUUCAUGUUAACACCAUUUACUGGUAUGUUGAAAUGAAUAUAUCAAAAUACAUUUCUCUCCCCUCCAUAGCGCUGUGUUCCAGGGCUAUGCGGUGUGUGUGUACCACAUGGAUGAUGUGCGAGCAGCGUUCAAUGGCCAGUUUGCCCACCGUGAGAGACCAGAGCACUACUGGACCCCCUACGAAGGCCGGGUCCCCUACCCACGCCCCGGAUCUGUGAGUCCUGUCCCAACAGCCACCCCUACAGCAUCUACUGACUUAUCAAUAUACCUGAUUGGCUCUCCAAACAUGAUUAAUAAGGGUCCAAGCACUGCAUGGUUGGUGUAGCAUAAUAAGGUAGUUUAGGAAUGUGCUUAAGAGAUGCACCUCCAUGACAGCAAACUCCAUAUAUCCAAACUAUACAAUUUUAAAAAUAUAUUUUUACAAGGUGAUAUUCAAGCAGCAGCAUGUUACAUUCACAAUUUGAACAUCCCACGGAGCACCAUUAAAUCCAUUAUAAAAUAAUGGAAAGAAUAUGGCACCACAACAAACCUGCCAGGAGAGGGCCGCCCACCAAAACUCACGGACCAGGCAAGGAGGGCAUUAAUCAGAGAAGCAACAAAGAGACCAAAGAUAACCCUGAAUGAGCUGCAAAGCUCCACAGCGGAGAUUGGAGUAUCUGUCAUUAGGACCACUUUAAGCAGUACACUCCACAGUGCUGGGCUUUACGGAAGAUUGGCCAGAAAAAAAGCCAUUGCUUAAAGAAAAAAAUAAGCAAACACGUUUGGUGUUCGCCAAAAGCCAUGUGGGAGACUCGCCAAACAUAUGGAAGAAGGUACUCUGGUCAGAUGAGACUAAAAUUGAGCUUUUUGGCCAUCAAGGAAAACGCUGUGUCUGGCGCAAACCCAACACCUCUCAUCACCCCGAGAACACCAUUGGCUGUGGGGAUGUUUUUAAUCGACAGAGACUGGGAAAUUUUGUCAAAAUUGAAGGAAUGAUGGAUGGCGCUAAAUAAAGGGAAAUUCUUGAGGGAAAACUGUUUCAGUCUUCCAGAGAUUUGAGACUGGGGCGGAGGUUCACCAUCCAGCAGGACAAUGACCCUAAGCAUACUGCUAAAGCAACACUCAAGUGGUUUAAGGGGAAACAUUUAAAUGUUUUGGAAUGGCCUAGUCAAAGCCCAGACCUCAAUCCAAUUGAGGACCUGUGGUAUGACUUAAAGAUUGCUGUACACCAGCGGAACCCAUCCAACUUGAAGGAGCUGGAGCAGUUUUGCCUUGAAGAAUGGGAAAAAAAUCCCAGUGGCUAGAUGUGCCAAGCUUAUAGAGAAAUACCCCAAGAGACUUGCAGCUGUAAUUGCUGCAAAAUGUGGCUCUACAAAGUAUUGACUUUGGGGGGGUGAACAGUUAUGCACGCUCAAGUUUUCUGUUUUUUUUGGUGUUAUUUCUUGUUUUAUUCACCAAAAAAUAUAUUUUGCAUCUUCAAAGUGCAUGUUGUACAGUGGGGAAAAAAAGUAUUUAGUCAGCCACCAAUUGUGCAAGUUCUCCGACUUAAAAAGAUGAGAGAGGCCUGUAAUUUUCAUCAUAGGUACACGUCAACUAUGACAGACAGAAUGAGAUUUUUUUUCUCCAGAAAAUCACAUUGUAGGAUUUUUAAUGAAUGUAUUUGCAAAUUAUGGUGGAAAAUAAGUAUUUGGUCAAUAACAAAAGUUUCUCAAUACUUUAUUAUAUACCCUUUGUUGGCAAUGACACAGGUCAAACGUUUUCUGUAAGUCUUCACAAGGUUUUCACACACUGUUGCUGGUAUUUUGGCCCAUUCCUCCAUGCAGAUCUCCUCUAGAGCAGUGAUGUUUUGGGGCUGUCGCUGGGCAACACAGACUUUCAACUCCCUCCAAAGAUUUUCUGUGGGGUUGAGAUCAGGAGACUGGCUAGGCCACUCCAGGACCUUGAAAUGCUUCUUAUGAAGCCACUCCUUCGUUGCCCGGGCAGUGUGUUUGGGAUCAUUGUCAUGCUGAAAGACCCAGCCACGUUUCAUCUUCAAUGCCCUUGCUGAUGGAAGGAGGUUUUCACUCAAAAUCUCACGAUACAUGGCCCCAUUCAUUCUUUCCUUUACACUUAUCAGUCGUCAUUGUCCCUUUGCAGAAAAACAGCCCCAAAGCAUGAUGUUUCCACCCCCAUGCUUCACAGUAUGUAUGGUGUUCUUUGGAUGCAACCCAGCAUUCUUUGUCCUCCAAACACGACGAGUUGAGUUUUUACCAAAAAGUUCUAUUUUGGUUUCAUCUGACCAUAUGACAUUCUCCCAAUCCUCUUCUGGAUCAUCCAAAUGCACUCUAGCAAACUUCAGACGGGCCUGGACAUGUACUGGCUUAAGCAGGGGGACACGUCUGGCACUGCAGGAUUUGAGUCCCUGGCGGCGUAGUGUGUUACUGAUGGUAGGCUUUGUUACUUUGGUCCCAACUCUCUGCAGGUCAUUCACUAGGUCCCCCCGUGUGGUUCUGGGAUUUUUGCUCACCGUUCUUGUGAUCAUUUUGACCCCACGGGGUGAGAUCUUGCGUGGAGCCCCAGAUCGAGGGAGAUUAUCAGUGGUCUUGUAUGUCUUCCAUUUCCUAAUAAUUGCUCCCACAGUUGAUUUCUUCAAACCAAGCUGCUUACCUAUUGCAGAUUCAGUCUUCCCAGCCUGGUGCAGGUCUACAAUUUUGUUUCUGGUGUCCUUUGACAGCUCUUUGGUCUUGGCCAUAGUGGAGUUUGGAGUGUGACUGUUUGAGGUUGUGGACAGGUGUCUUUUAUACUGAUAACAAGUUCAAACAGGUGCCAUUAAUACAGGUAACGAGUGGAGGACAGAGGAGCCUCUUAAAGAAGAAGUUACAGGUCUGUGAGAGCCAGAAAUCUUGCUUGUUUGUAGGUGACCAAAUACUUAUUUUCCACCAUAAUUUGCAAAUAAAUUCAUUAAAAAUCCUACAAUGUGAUUUUCUGGGUUUUUUUUCUCAAUUUGUCUGUCAUAGUUGAAGUGUACCUAUGAUGAAAAUUACAGGCCUCUCUCAUCUUUUUAAGUGGGAGAACUUGCACAAUUGGUGGCUGACUAAAUACUUUUUUUCCCCACUGUAUAAAUCGAAUGAUAAAACCCCUCAUAAAAAUCAAUUUUAAAUCCAGGUUGUAAGGCAACAAAAUAGGAAAAAUGCCAAGGGGCGUCAAUACUUUCGCAAGUCACUGUAGCUUCCUAGUACAUAUGGAAAUUAAAAAGGUUUAUGAAUGACUUUUUGGAGGGUUACUGCCAACAUUAUUCAUAUAAAAAAUAGACAUUAAUGUCAGACAGGCGCAUCGGCCCUCAGAGCUUGUGGGAGUUUUGCGGGGGCUAGAGGGGUGUCCGGUACACCAGUGAAUCAUUGUAGUCUAUGACAGUGUAAUGCUAUUUUCUUAUUCCUAAAUUUCUUCUCUUCCUCUCUUCCACUCUAUUCCUCUCUCUCUCUCUCCUCUCUCUCUCUCUCUCUCUCUCUCUCUCUCUCUCUCUCUCUCUCUCUCCUCUCUCUCUCUCUCUCUCUCUCUCUCUCUCUCUCUCUCUGUCUGUCCCUUCUCCCUCUCCAUCUCCUUCCCUUCCACUCGCUCCAGUGUGGCAGUAAGGUGAAUGGUGGUGCGUUCUCAGGUUCUAAGGAGUUCCCUGAUGAGGUUCUGCGAUUCGUGCGUUCCCACCCCGUCAUUUUCAGCCCGGUCCUCCCCCUCCACCGCAGACCAGUUCUACUGCAGACAGAGCCAGGGGGGAGGAGACUAACUCAGAUCGCUGUGGACCGCGUCCAGGCCCAGGACGGACACUAUCAUGUUCUGUAUAUAGGAACAGGUACAAGUCCUGAAAUUGUCCAGUGCUGUGUAUUGUAUCUUCAGGGUUGACACUCCCUCCACUGGGCAUACAGUAUCACUCACUAUUCAAAUUAUAACAUUCACUCAAUCUGCCUUUCAUGGGAAUUUAUUAAAAAUAUUUUGAACUCCAAUGUUACAAUUACAAUCUACAGAGACAAUAUUAAGAGAGAGAGGCAAUAACAUCCCAAAACAAAGGCUUUGACUCUCUUCCAUUUUGAUUUCCUCUCUGAAUGGGUGGUAGUAUUGGUGAAGGUGUAAUAUUUACACUACCAGUCAAAAGUUCGGACACACCUACUCAUUCAAGGGUUUUUCUUAAUUUUUUACAUUGUAGAAUAAUAGUGAAGACAUCAAAACUAUGAAAUAACAGAUAUGGAAUCAUGUAGUAACCAAAAAAGUGUUAAACAAAUCAAAAUAUAUUUUAUAUUUGACAUUCUUCAAAUAGCCACCCUUUGCCUUGAUGAGAGCUUUGCACACUUUGGCAUUCUCUCAACCAGCCUCAUGAGGUAGUCAGCUGGAAUGCAUUUCAAUUAACAGGUGUGCCUUGUUAAAAGUUAAUUUGUGGAAUUUCUUUCCUUCUUAAUGCGUUUGAGCCAAUCAGUGCUGUGACAAGGUAUACAGAAGAUAGCCCUAUUUGGUAAAAGACCAAGUCCAUAUUAUGGCAAGAACAGCUCAAAUAAGCAAAGAGAAAGGACAGUCCAUCAUUACUUUAAGACAUGAAGGACAGUCAAUAUGGAACACUUCAAGAACUUUGAAUGUUUCUUCAAGUGCAGUCGCAAAAACCAUCAAGCGCUAUGAUGAAACUGGCUCUCAUGAGGACCGCCACAGGAAUGGAAGACCCAGCUUUACCUCUGCUGCAGAGGAUAAGUUCAUUAGAGUUACCAGCCUCAGAAAUUGCAGCCCAAAUAAAUGCUUCACAGAGUUCAAGUCACAGACACAUCUCAACAUCAACUUUUCAGAGGGGACUGUGUGAAUCAGGCCUUCAUGGUCAAAUUGCUGCAAAGCAACCACUACUAAAGGACACCAAUAAUAAGAAGAGACCUGCUUGGGACAAGAAACACGAGCAAAUGACAUUAGACCGAUGGAAAUUUGUCCAAAUUUGCAAUUUCUGGUUCCAACCGCCGUGUCUUUGUGAGACGCGAUGUGGGCGAAUGGAUGAUCUCUGCAUGUGUAGUUCCCACCGUAAAGCAUGGAGGAGGAGGUUUUAUGGUGUUGGGGUGCUUUGCUUGUGACACUAUCUGUGAUUUAUUUGGAAUUCAAGGCACACUUAACCAGCAUGGCUACCACAGCAUUCUGCAGCAAUAAGCUGGUUUGGGCUUAGUGGGACUAUAAUUUGUUUUUCAACAGGACAAUGACCCAACACACCUACAGGCUGUGUAAGGGCGAUUGUACUAAGAAGGAGAGUGAUGGAGUGCUGCAUCAGAUGACCUGGCCUCCACAAUCCCCCGACCUCAACCCAAUUGAGAUGGUUUGGGAUGAGUCGGACAGCAGAGUGAAGGAAAAGCAGCCAACAAGUGCUCAGCAUAUAUGGGAACUCCUUCAAGACUGUUGGAAAAGCAUUCCAGGUGAAGCUGGUUGAGAGAAUGCCAAGAGUGUGCAAAGCUGGUGUUGAAUGGAGCUGAAGGAUGGGACUAAUAACAACAACUAAUAACAACAAGAUAACUAGUGUAAGACAUGAUGUGUCCAUAAUAAGUAUAUAGGUUAUAUAUUGUGAGCUUUUGUGAAAGAGCACAGUUAGAAAGAUAUGGCAUAUAGAAGCAUACCAGAUUGACAUCAUGAAAAUGAUCGGAGGAAGUUCAGGAGUAAAAACAAACUAAAUAUAAUUAUGUAUAUAGAUGUAUAAGCAUGAAGUAGAGGCCUAAGCAUUGUUGUUCACUAGUUUACUCCAAUUAGGGAGGGGAUGGUGGGGUUGGAAAGUAAUAAAGGGAUAUAUAUAUUUUUAAAGGAUAUGUAUGUAUGAAUAUAUGUAUGUAUGUGUAUAUAUAUAUGUGUAUGUAUGUGUAUAUAUAUAUAUAUAUAUAUAUAUAUAUAUAUAUAUAUAUAUAUAUAUAUAUAUAUGUAUAUAUGCGAGAGAAAAAAAACAUAUGGGGGAUUGGAAGUGAUGCAGACAAUUACAUUGAUGGAAGUUACAAUCUAUCUGCAAUAUUAAAGCUGAUCUACCCCCUAAAAAAAAAGAAAGAAAAAAAAAAGAGUGUGCAAAGCUGUCAUCAAGGCAAAGGGUGGCUAUUUGAAGAAUCUCAAAUAUAAAAUAUAUUUGGAUUUGUUUAACACUUUUUGGGUUACUACAUGAUUCCAUAUGUUUUAUUUCAUAGUUUUGAUGUCUUCACUAUUAUUCUACAAUGUAGAAAAUAGUAAAAAUAAAGAAAAACCCUUGAAUGAGUAGGUGUGUCCAAACUUUUGACGGGUACUGUACAUCAGAUAAUACUCUCUCCCGUAGACGACUCUGUUGUGUUGAAGGUUAUCACCAUCUACAACAAAGACACAGACACCAUAGAGGAAGUGCUACUGGAGGAACUGCAGGUGUUCAAGGUACUGUUGUUACUCAGCGCCACUAUGUGGCAAACAAUAGUCAUUGCACACAUAAAGAAGAUUGGCACUCAACAAUUUGAUUUAAUUGUGGAAGUUCAGAAAUGUUUUUAUUUUUCUUCUUUAGGUCCCUUUUCCAAUAACUGAGAUCAUCAUAUCAGCUAAACGGGUAUGAAAACGAUGUAUUGUCUUAAAAUGUUUCAUUAAUAACAUCAUUAUUCAUAUAAUUUUUUUGUGUGGUUGUUUAAAACUGCAGUACCUUAAUCUAGCCACAAGAUCACAGUGUAUUGACAUCUGAAUGUGCGGGAAUGUAAUGCAUUUUAUGUUCUCGAUAUCACAGGAGGCUGCUGAGGGGAGAACGGCUCAUAAUAAUGGCUGGAACAGAGCAAAUGGAAUGGCAUCAAACACCUGGAAACCAUGUGUUUGAUGUAUUUGAUACCAUUCCACUGAUUCCGCUCCAGUCAUUUCCACAAGCCCGUUCUCCCCAAUUAAGGUGCCACCAACCUCCUGUGCUUGAUAUAUACUCCAAUGUGUACCUCCAUUAAUUUCUGUCCCUGUUUUGUUGUUUCCAUAGCAACAGUUAUAUGUGGGUUCUGAGAUGGGUGUGGCUCAGGUGAGGCUCCAUCAGUGUGACCUGUAUGGGUCUGAGUGUGCCGACUGUUGCCUAGCGAGGGACCCUUACUGCGCCUGGGAUGGAAUCACCUGCUCACGAUACUACCCUGCUGGGGUCUACACCAAGAGGUGAGACAAACACACACACACAUGCAGGCACACAGGCAUGUACAGUCACACACAGACACAUGCACAUGUGCACACGCACACAGAGGUGCAGAGGCAUCACAUAUCACUCAUUAGCACCUCAUCCAGCACCUCUAUCCUCCUUAAUCCCUCUCUGUCCUUAUCUCACUCUCUCAAAUGCCCAUCUAACACCCUCCUCCCUUACCCCUCUCUCUCAGUAGACGAUUCAGGAGACAGGAUGUUCGCCAUGGCAACGCUGUACAGCUGUGCAACGGGCUGCAGAUUGAUGGUCAGUCUGUGUUUUUUUCCCUACAUUAUCAGGACCCCAAAGUCCUAACAUUUCAGCUGAAAGUCCAGAAAAGGUAGGAAAACAUGUUUUUUUUUUAUGGUCACGACUUUUUUCAGGUCCUGAAUUUGUUCAAAUGCAAUUUUAAGCUUAAGGGUUAGAUUGAGGGUUUUGGGGUUAAGGUUAGGGUUAGGGUUAGGUUUACGGUUAGCGUUUUUGGGGUUAGGGUUAGGGUUAGGGUUAGGGUUAGGGUUAGGGUUAGGGUUAGGUUUAGGUUAAGGGUUAAGGUUAGGGUUAGUUUUAGGGUUAGGUUUAGUGUUGAGGGUUAGGGAAAAUAGGAUUUGUAAUGGUCAAACAUUUUUACAUUCCAAAAAGUCCUGACAUUUCAUGUGUGUGUGUGUGUGUGUGUGCGUGAAGCUGUCCAAUCUGAGAUUCACCUCCUAUGAUGUGUGUUUCAUGCAGCUUACAAUUUUGAAGCUCAGGUCCAAUAAAGCAUUUAGCUGUGGAUAAUAAUAGAAUGUGAUUACACCUUGACCAAUGGACUUUGGCCUGGCUGGGGUGACAUAAAGGUCACUGUGUGUGUGUGUGUGUGUGUGUGUGUGUGUGUGUGUGUGUGUGUGUGUGUGUGUGUGUGUGUGUGUGUGUGCGUGCGUGCGUGCGUGCGUGCGUGUGUGCGUGUGUGUGUGUGUGUAGAGAAGCUUUUUGUGACAGGCAAGAGGAUAAAAGAGGUCACUGUAAGUUGAAUUACUAUGUUGUCCUCUUUUUUAUAUCUCACAUAUAAUGUCUCCUCUGAACAUGUGUGUGGUGUGUAUGUAGGGGAGCAGUACCAGGGUGUAGAGCAGAGGCAGGUGUAUGGGGUAGAGAGCAACAGUACUCUACUGGAGUGUACCCCUCGCUCUCUACAGGCCAGAGUCAUGUGGUACAUACAGAGAGACCCAGACAGAGAGGAGGUGAGACACACACAAACAUCACUUUCCUCCCCUAUUCCCUGCUUUCCCAUCUCUUUUCACCCUUACCCUUCUCUCCCUACCUCCAGGUCAGAGGUGAUGAGCGUGUAGUUAUGACAACCCACGGGCUCCUUUUCCUGCGUGUGCGGAGCGGGGAUGCUGGUGUGUACGUGUGUCAGACGGUGGAACAUGGCUAUGUCCACACCCUACUGAGGGUCACGCUACACGUGCUGGGAGGGGGGAAGGUUGGGGCCCUGAUACACAGGACAGGGGAGGAGGGUGAGGGAGAGUGGGAGACAAAAGCAACCUGUCACCUCCCUAUAGAUACCUCUCCAGGUCCCCACCCUGGUUCCAACUCUGACCCCAGUUCCAGGCUACAAGGAGCCCUACCAGGGUCCUCCCUAGCCCCAGCCUCAGCUCCAGGUCCUACCUCCAGACUGCCAGCCCCAGGCCCAGGUCCUACUUCCAGGCUGUGGUACAAGGAGUUCCUCCAGCUGAUAGGCUAUGGGGACACCCAGCGGGUGGAGGAGUACUGUGAGAAGGUCUGGUGCUCAGGGAAGAGACACAGGAAGACUAAACGCAGAUACACCCAGCCAAUGGAAGGAGGAGAGAGAAAGGGGAGGGGGAAGGGAAGACCCACACCGAGCCCCCAGACACACCUUGGACACCUGAGAGGAGAGAGAGAGAGAGGGCUGAGACUGUAUAAAACACACACACACACUGGGACAGGUUUUUUCAAUUCUACAACCAAUGAAGCUAAAACAUGACACUGUCUUCUUUUAGACUUGACCAUAUUGUCUUCUUUCUUCUAAUAACCAGACUUUGUUAUAUUGUGUUUUUUCCUUCCCUGGUUUCUGGUGGAAACCUUGUCACUGGUAGGUAUGCUGAGUGUAUCUGUCCCUAAGUGUCCGUCAGAUCGAAGGCACGUAGAACAGAUUAACUGUUUGGAAUGACGUGACCUCUGAACUUAAGACCACAGAACUGACAGCAGGCUCUCUGAACGGACAAAAGAUUCACAGCCAUGCCAGCUAAACCCACAGAUAACAGACAUUCAAACAGAUUCAUUAGAAAUAAAACAUAUUUAUGUUUCUAGAGAUACUCUUGAGCUGCUCGCAUUUAAAACCACUGGUUAGAAAAUACAUAACUUAUACGCACAUCAACAAGUAGUGAUUCUUUCAAUUGGGUCUUACUGUAAAUACGUUAUUAUUAUAGGUAUCUGUUUUGAGUUUAGUAGUGCUUUAGAUUUUAUUAAACUGGAAAUGGUACUGUGAUAUUGUUUUACUGUAUAGUUAAAUGUAAUCUUUCAUGAUGAUGUACACAAGUAUUACCUACCAUACUUUGUCAGAUCGUUUGGUUUUACUUGUGAUUUAAUUUAGUUUUACAUGAGAUUUUUUAAAUUCUAGGUAAGUUGUCAUCAUUGAAUUAUUACAUUCAUGCGGAAUUCUGUGUGUACGAAUCAGAGAAUAUUGAAAGGCACACACCUGUCUAUUUCAGGUCCCACAGUUGACAGUGCAUGUCAGAGCAAAAACCAAGCCAUGAGGUCGAAGGAAUUGUCCGUAGAGCUCUGAGACAGGAUUGUGUCGAGGCACAGAUCUGGGGAAGGGUACCAUUUUUUUCUUGCAGCAUUGAAGGUCCCCAUGAACACAGUGGCCUCCAUCAUUCUUAAAUGGAAGAUGUUUGGAACCACCAAGACUCUUCCUAGAGCUGGCCGCUGGACCAAAAUGAGCAAUAGAAACAAUAAAAAUAGUUUUGAGAAAGUACUGUUGAUGAUUUAACAUGGAUUCUAUAAAAUGGAAUAGAUGUAACCCCUCAAUAAAAGUUAUAGAUACUUGAUCUGUGUCAUUAGAUAUGAAAUUAUAUAUACAUUGUAUCUCAAACUAUGCAUUUCCACUUCAAUAAAUGUCCAACUUAAAUGUGAAGUGUAUUCAACUGGUAAUUGAUUAGUAUUCAUAUCAGCUCCUGUAUUGCUGUCUAUUUCUCUCUCUCUCCCUCCCUCUCUUUCCCUCUCUCUCUCUGUCACUGCUGUUAGUAAUGAUUCUAGAGAUGGAGUUCAUAAUAACCAGAACAGAAGUCAAUCUACGUCACCACAUUUCCCCUCUGGAAUAAGGAAGAGCGCCACAGUGACCAUUCAAGCAUGUCAUUGGCUAGACCGAGGAGCCUGUCUCAUUAAUAUUCAAACCUAUCUGAGAAAAUAAACGGUUUUAUAUUCUGACAACGUAACAUUCAUCAGGGUGUUUUUGUUGAGUAAAUUUGGGUUUUUCAUGUGUCCAUUACACAAUCCCUCUUUUAUACACUACCGUUCAAAAGUUUUAGAACACCUACGCAUUCAAGGGUUUUUCUUUAUUUUUACUAUUUUCUACAUUGUAGAAUAAUAGUGAAGACAUCAAAACUAUGAAAUAACACAUGUGGAAUCAUGUAGUAACCAAAAAAGUGUUAAACAAAUCAAAAUAUUUUCUAUAUUUGAGAUUCUUCAAAUAGCCACCCUUUGCCUUGAUGACCACUCUUGGCAUUCUUUCAACUAGCUUCACCUGGAAUGCUUUUCCAACAGUCUUGAAGGAGUUGUCACAUAUUCUGAGCACUUGUUGGCUGCUUUUCCUCUGCGGUCCGACUCAUCCCAAACCAUCUCAAUUGGGUUGAGGUCGGGGGAUUGUGGAGGCCAGGUCAACUGAUGCAGCACUCCAUCACUCUCCUUCUUGGUAAAAUAGCCCUUACACAGCCUGGAGGUUUGUUGGGUCAUUGUCCUCUUGAAAAACAAAUGAUAGUCCCACUAAGCCCAAACCAGAUGGAAUGGCAUAUCGCUGCAGAAUGCUGUGGUAGCCAUGCUGGUUAAGUGUGCCUUGAUUUCUAAAUUGAUCACAGACAGUGUCACCAGCAAAGCACACCCACCCCAUAACACAUCCUCCUCCAUGCUUUACGGUGGGAAAUACACAUGCGGAGUCAUCCGUUCACCCAUACCGCGUCUCACAAAGACACGGCGGUUGGAACCAAAAAUCUCAAAUUUGGACUCCAGAUCAAAGGACAAAUCUCCACCAGUUUAAACUCUUAAGGAUUGGACGCUUUUUUUCAAUUUUCGCCUAAGAAGAUAAUACAAACAAAAAAACAUGUGUUUUCUAUUUUAUUUUUAUUUUUAUCAUCUUUGAAAUGCAAGAGAAAGGUCACAAUAUAAUAUUGCAGUUUAGGCGCAAUUUAGAUUUUGGCCACUAGAUGGAAGCAGUGUGUGUGCAAAGUUUCAGAUUGAUCCAGUGAAGCAUUUCAAUACUGGACUAUUUUGUAUCAAGUCUGCCCAAAUGUACCAAAUUGGUCCAAUGACACAUUUUCAAGUACAUAACUAUAGAGAACAUACAAAAAUGAUAUGGUAAUACAAAAUGUAAGUUUACACACUCCCAGGAAUGUCAUAUAUGAUGGAUCAUUAGCUUGUACACUAACUUUCACACAUCUAGAUGGCCGGGCGGGUUGGGUGUGGAGCCAGAGACUGCAGGGGUUCAAACUGUAAAACCCAGUUCCAACAUUUGAAUAUAAAAAUGAUUUUUUUCAAACAAAACUAUGCUACAUUCUAUCUCUGGGACCCUCAGGAUGACAAAUAUACAUUUACAUUUUAGUCAUUUAGCAGACGCUCUUAUCCAGAGCAACUUACAUAAGUGAGUGCAUACAUUUUUCAUACUUUUUCAUUCAAAUCAGAGCAAGAUUACUGAAUGUAAGUACAUUAUUUACCUUCAGAGGUGAAUGUAUCAAAUCAGCUGCCGUGAUAAGUUUUUUGUUGUUGUGCACUCUCCUCAAACAAUAGCAUGGCAUUUUUUCAGUGUAAUAGCUAAUGUAAAUUGGAUAUUGCAGAUUAACAUGAAUUUAAGCUUUCUGCCCAUAUCAGACAUGUCUAGGUCCUGGAAAGUUUGCUGUUACUUAUAACAGUCAUGCUAAUCACAUUAGCGCAUGUUAACUCAACCGUCCCGUAUAUGGGACACCGAUCCCGUAGAGGCUAAUGUCCAUUGCUUGUGUUUCUUGGCCAAGCAAGUCUCUUCUUAUUAUUGGUGUCCUUUAGCAGUGGUUUAUUUGCAGCAAUUCGACCAUGAAGGCCUUAUUCACAUUUCCUCUGAACAGUUGAUGUUGAGAUGUGUCUGUUACUUGAACUCUGUGAAGCAUUUAUUUGGGCUGCAAUUUCUGAGGCUGGUAACUCGAAUGAACUCCUGUGGCGGUCCUCAUGAGAGCAAGUUUCAUCAUAGCACUUGAUGGUUUUUGCGACUACACUUGAAGAAACUUUCAAAGUUCUUGAAAUGUUCCAUAUUGACUGACCUUCAUGUCUUAAAGUAAUGAUGGACUGUGGUUUCUCUUUGCUUAUUUGAGCUGUUCUUGCCAUAAUAUGGACUUGGCCUUUUACCAAAUAGGGAUAUCUUCUGUAUACUCCCCCUACCUUGUCACAACACAACUGAUUGGCUCAAACGCAUUAAGAAGGAAAUAAAUUCCACAAAUUAACUUUUAAGGCACACCUGUUGAUUGAAAUGCAUUCCAAGUGACUACCUCAUAAAGCUGGUUGAGAGAAUUCCGAGAGUGUGCAAAGCUGUCAUCAAGGCAAAGAGUGGCUUUUUGAAGAAUCUCAAAUAUAAAAUAUAUGAUUCCAUAUGUGUUAUUUCAUAUUUUAAUGUCUUCACUAUUAUUCUACAAUGUAGAAAAUAGUAAAAAUUAAGGAAAACCCUUGAAUGAGUAGGUGUUCUAAAACUUUUGACCGGUAGUGUUUUAGUGUUUUUAUGUUAUCAUAUUUCACCGUAGGCCUACUCAUGAUCUGAAGUUUCUGCAUGACUUUAUUCCUGCACUCAUCAUCUUUCUGAAUGUUCUUUGACUAAGAGUUUUGGCCUAAAUAGAUACUGUGUGUGUGUGUGUGUGUGUGUUUGUCUCCCCUUUACCCUACCUCAUAAAUGCCUGACAUUAAAAUAAAUAUAUGUUCUCUUGCUGGUGUCACCUCUAGGAUUCAGCUAUCAAUAAUGUGGCUAACACACACAAACACACACGCACACGCAACACAAACACACACAAACACACACACACACAAACUGGAGUCAUCUGAGGAUGGAGUUCACACAGCUGAUCUGUUCCACUGGCUACCAUAGCAACGGUCUAUAAGUCCCCUAACACCCCUCCCUCUCACCACCUCACCACAGCUACCCAUCUUUGUGUCUUAGCAAGGUAGCACUGUCACUCAGGUAGUGGGUGUUAAACCACAAUGUUUCAGUUGAAACAGCCUUGAUAAGACCUGUAAGUGGGUUCAUUGUGGUGAAUAAAGCAUUUACCAUGAGGAGGUUGACACCUUAACACUCAGCCCAGCCAAUAGCCCCUCUAGCUGCCCAGCCCAGUGAAAUAAUAGUAGAUACAUCUCAGUCCCUUCCCCUAGUUUCUAUGCCUUCUUGAUCUCCUACCAUCUCUCUCUCUCUCUCUCUCUCUCUCUCUCUCUCUCUCUCUCUCUCUCUCUCUCUCUCUCUCUCUCUCUCUCUCUCUCUCUCUCUCUCUCUCUCUCUCUCUCUCUCUCUCUCUCUCUCUCUCUCUCUCUCUCUCUCUCUCUCUCUCUCUCUCUCUCUCUCUCGCCAUCAGCAGCACAUUGAUGUUUCCAUCAGUGCCCAAUGCACCAGAACACUUUAUUACGUAUGAAAUGGUGUCUCUGUGUGUGUGUGUGUGUGUGUGUGUGUGUGCGUGCUUGCGUGCGUGUGUGCAUGUAUGUGUGUGCGUGUGCAUUUGUGCGUGACUGGUCUAGAUGAAAGCCUGGAGCAUGAAGGGCAGAUAGUUCUCAGUGGUUGUCUGUUAUCUGUGUUGUGCCAGAUUCACCACACGCCCACACACAGAUGCAAGAGAACACGCCCCUGCGGUACCAUGUUUGAUGAUUUUAUUCCCUUCACUAUAUCAUACAUACUCCUCAUCUGAAACAUUCAAUCCAGAUUAAAGCUUUGAAUUAAUAAAUGGUUGAUUAUUAUUAUUAUUUAUUAUUUUAUUAAUCAGGAGCUCUGGGAUAUAUUGCCGGCUUUCACUUCCUGCAGUCUUUAUUAUAUGCAUCGCUAUUUCUGAAUAUUUCACAGCUAUGUGUAUCAGGGCUUGAGGUGGGGAGAAAAAGGUGUCGGUACUGUUGUGGAGGUCAUAUUAGAGAGGGUAUUUCUAGAAGAGGCACCAGUACUCAAACGGUGGAAAAGUAGUCUAUCGGCAGCGGUCAGCACCCGUCCACCUCAAUGGCUGCUAUCUACUGUUUAUUUUCUGUGAAUUGUAAUGAUUAAGAUUAUGUGUGAUUCUGACGUUUCUGUGCUGACAGAAGAGAGAGGAGAGGGAGAGAGAGAGAGAAUGAGUGUGUGAGAGGGAGAGUUAGAGAAAGAGUGAGAGAGAGAGAGUGGCAAGUCAUUCCCAGCCACCUGUCACUCGAUGUUAUCAAUGUAGGAGUGAUGAAUAAAUGUUAAAUCCCAAAUCCAGCUCUAUCAAAGUUCAUGAGUAAGCAACAGAGAUGGAGGAGAAGAUGAUCAACCGUCAGACAGACACUAGUCUCUCUCUCUCAUAUCAGGUCAAACGAAGGACUCUGAAUAAUGAGGAGACCUGUACAAGCACACACUGUAAAACAAAACACACAUUGCAAACACCUACACUGUACAAACACACAAAGUAUGAAAACACACACAUUAUGUCAGUGUGGUGCAGCUCUGGCCUUAAGCAGUCAACACAUAUCCCCAAUUUGAAUCCUACUAUACCUUACAGGUCUCAGUGACUCCAGUCUCUGCCUCAGUGUGUGAGUGUGUGAGUGUGGGUGAGUGUGGCACAUUUCGAUGUCACACUGAAUACCCUUACUCACAAUGAGUCACUUACUUAUUUGUGCGCAUGUCUGUGUGUGUGAGAUAAGGCAUUUGAGAAAAACCCACAAUCCAUCAGCUGCACUGACACCCCACCUACUUACACACCUCACGACUCACGAGCGAGGGAGUGAGAGAAUGAACAACCGGAUGGUAUAGAUCUUGUGACUCACUCCUACAUGAUAAUCCUUUCAAAGGGAGAGGGGGAGAGCCAGAGAAAGGGAUGAAGGCAAUUCACAGAGCCAGAGAAAAGAUGAGAAUCACUAAAUGGGUAGGAGAGACUCCAGAACAAAGAGAUGAGAGCACUUGGAGAGAAAUAGAAAGGGGAAGAGACCGUUAGAAAACAACAGGGAGCAAGUGAUUCAGAGGUAGAGAGUGACAACGAGAGAGAGAGCGAGAGAGACAGAGAGAGAGAGAGAGAGAGGCAGACAGAGAGAGAGACAAGGAGAGAGAGAGAGAGAGAGAGAGAGAGAGAGAGAGAGAGAGAGAGAGAGAGAGAGAGAGAGAGAGAGAGAGAGUUGGGGGUGGAAGUAGAGAACAGAGGCAAUGAGGCAGUGCUGAGUUAUUCUGUGUGUGAGAGCUAGUCUGUCACACUGUGGUAUUUCUAUUCAGCAGGAGCUGCAGGGUCGUCUCUCUCUCUCUUUCUCUCUCUCUGCAUUACCAAGCCCUGAAACCACAGGAGGUUCAGCACUCUCUUUUAGAAUGCAUUGGCCUGAGGUUUACAGAGGCUGCUAUUUUGAGGUCUAGUGACUAGAAUUCAGUAGUGGCAUGUUAGCGUCAGUACCACCAAUCAGCAGAGAACAGAGACUGGUGACUGACAGCUGUGUGUGUGUGAUGUGAUAACAAGAGUUUGUGUGUGUGGAUUGAGUCUUUGGAGCUGUGGUUAAUCUAUGUGUAAUCAUGGUGUAUCCAUCCCCUUGUGACUUUCUCUCUCUCUCUCUCUCUCUCUCUCUCUCUCUCUCUCUCUCUCUCUCUCUCUCUCUCUCUCUCUCUCUCUCUCUCUCUCUCUCUCUCUCUCUCUCUCUCAUCCAUCUACCUCAUUACUUCCUCAUCACUACGACCUUUGCACUCACAUCAGCUGGUUUAGGCCAUAAAACACAGACACACAAACACACAGUGUGUACGCUAGGCAGAACACAGCUACACAUAAAUCAAUGGUCUAUAGGCAGAAGGAUAAGACUAGCAACAUGUUUAUACCGUAGUAUGUGAUAUGCCACUACUUGGAUUACAUACCAAACCAUGAAUAUGGCUGAUUCUCACCUCUAUGGCCAGAGUCUGGCAUACACUGUUUCAAAAUGUUAGUCACAAGUUCAGCAACACUUUUCCUCUGAAGGAAUUCCAUUGGGAGAUAACAGAAAUGGAUAAGAAAUAAUACCUUCAACAGCAUGACAAGUGUUGAAUAUCAUGAAUGUUAUAGAAUCAUAUGCAGAACAACUGUAACUUGGGUUUCUUUCACAGAAUAUAUCUCCCAGUGCAGUAGACUAUAUGUUGAGGUGUGUCUGUUUACCUGUUCUUAAUGAGGCUGUUGGGUUACUGAAGGAAAAGUAUAUUAGAUUGAUGCAGCAUUUCUGUUUUGUGUCUGCAUCACUCAAUAGAUGUGCUUAGCGAUUGUAAAAGUAAACGGCUGGUGUGUGUGUGUGUGUGUGUGUGUGUGUGUGUGUGUGUGUGUGUGUGAGUGGUGUGUGUGUGAGUGUGUGUGGUGUAAAUUCUGACCUGAGCCAUUACGGAGACUAGGCAUCUACCACCCCACUAAAACUAUCAGCGGGGCAAUGUAGCAUAUGUUUUUUGUCCACCCACUUUGGUUCUGAAAUGUGUGUGUGUGUGUGUGUGUGUGUGUGUGUGUGUGUGUGUGUGUGUGUGUGUGUGUGUGUGUGUGUGUGUGUGUGUGUGUGUGUGUGUGUGUGGUUAUUACAGCAGCACCUGGGAGGCUGAGGUUGCUGGUAAAUAUUUGAUGAGAGAAUGGAUCCUCUACUCUGUGAGCAGGUCAAGUACAGUAGCACACACACACACACACACACAAACACACAAAACACACACACACACACACACACACAGAACACACACACAGGAUAUUAUAUUUUCUGAAAGCAGUGUGAGUACAGUAGCUAUGCCGCUACACAUAUAGAAUAGAUGAUGUAAGACUAUGACACACACACACACACCUAUUCAGUGGGUAGGUGCCAGAGAAAGUGAUAUCAGAGUAUAACUGCCAGAUGAAAGUCACACCAGAAAGUGUUACUGUUAUUUGGCAUGGUCUAUGCAUGUGGCUCAACACAUAUGUACACAAUCAACACAACUACUGCGCUGUUGGAGCUAGGAACACAAGCAUUUAGCUACACCCGCAAUAACAUCUGCUAAAUAUGUGUAUGUGACCAAUGCAAUUUGAUUGAUUUGAUUUGAACACUCUCACAAGGUGGAGAGUGUUGGAUAAUAUAUGUCAGAAAUAGAAAUCCUGAGGAGACCAGAGAGGGUAAAAUUCAGGAAAUAAUGUAAAGUAACAAUAGAAUGUUCUCUCAUAUGUAUGGAAGAUGUAGUUGGAUUGUGUCCCAUCAUCAUCCUCAUCAACCAUAUUCGGUUUGAUUACUCUGAUGCACUGUAAAUUGAUCAAUCUUAUGAAUCACCUCAUUCUUAGAUAUUAAAUGACAUAACUAUAAUAACUAUAGAGUGCCUGAGGACCUUAUUCCCAUCAACAUCUUGAUAUAGUAAACAACAGUAUUGGCAGCAACCAGACAGUGAGAGGCAGACCAGAGAGAGGUAACAGGUCAUCCUGAGGUAGCCUAAAACCUUGGGCAGCUUCUUUUACACAAUGACUGUAUAUACAGCCUGUCUAGAGUCUAGACCUGACCACUGAGCUACGGCUGACUUCUGUCCAUCUCCUCAGCAUCCAGCUACAACAAUCAACACACCACUACUGAGCCUGUUCUGUGAAACAUUACACUCCAAACAGACUAAAACCAGUAGUAUUCAUGUUAGUGUAUGUACUGUAACUGUAGCCUAAGGUCUUGAAUGAAUGUACAGCUGAGAACACUGUUAAUUCUAUUGGCGUGGUACCAGUGGUAGUAGAAGUAGAAUUAGUAGUAGUAAUACUUAAUCUUGCUCCUCCUUCUAAACAGCUGGAGCAGAAGCAGCAGUACACUGUACAAGCAUCCUCAGGCCUCUUAUGCUCCAUGCAUUCUCUCUAUCCCUCUUCUCUCCUCUCCUCUCCUCUCCUGCCAGAGAUCACUGCUGAUUUCCUGCCGGCUCCUGAUUCGUUUGUGUGGGCGGGAGGAGAUUAGGGGGCGGAGGGAGAGAUGGUUGAGAGGGGGAGAAGGGAGGAGGGCUAGGAUAAUGAUGGCCCUUUAAGAUUAUUUUUAGUAUGCAAUAAGAAUUAUUCACUGGUCAGGAAAACAGGCAUUAGGGAUGGAAUGAGACUGGCAGUAGAAAACAGACAUAUAGGGAUGAUAUGAGACUGGCAUAGAAAACAGACAUAUAUGGAUGGUAUGAGACUGGCAGUAGAAAUCAGACAUAUAGGGAUGGUAUGAGACUGGCAGUAGAAAACAGACAUGUAGGGUUGGUAUGAGACUGGCAGUGGAAAACAGAUAUACAGUUGAAGUCGGAAGUUUACAUACACUUAGGUUGGAGUCAUUAAAACUCGUUUUUCAACCACUCCACAAAUUUCUUGUUAACAAACUAUAGUUUUGGCAAGUCAGUUAGGACAUCUACUUUGUGCAUGAAACAAGUACAUUUUUCAACAAUUGUUUACAGACAGAUUAUUUCACUUAUAAUUCACUGUAUCACAAUUCCAGUGGGUCAGAAGUGGCUUUAGAAGCUUCUGAUAGGCUAAUUGACAUCAUUUGAGUCAAUUGGAGUUGUACCUGUGGAUGUAUUUCAAGGCCUUCCUUCAAACUCAGUGCCUCUUUGCUUGACAUCAUGGGAAAAUCAAAAGAAAUCAGCCAAGACCUCAGAAAACAAAUUGUAGACCUCCACAAGUCUGGUUCAUCCUGGGAGCAAUUUCCAAAUGCCUGAAGAUACCACGUUCAUCUGUACAAACAAUAGUACGCAAGUAUAAACACCAUGGGACCACGCAGCCGUCAUACCGCUCAGGAAGGAGACGUGUUCUGUCUCCUAGAGAUGAACGUACUUUGGUGCGAAAAGUGCAAAUCAAUCCCAGAACAACAGCAAAGGACCUUGUGAAGAUGCUGGAGGAACAGGUACAAAAGUAUCUAUAUCCACAGUAAAACAAGUCCUAUAUCGACAUAACCUGAAAGGCCGCUCAGCAAGGAAGAAGCCACUGCUCCAAAACCGCCAUAAAAAAGCCAGACUACGGUUUGCAACUGCACAUGGGGACAAAGAUCGUACUUUUUGGAGAAAUGUCCUCUGGUCUGAUGAAACAAAAAUAGAACUGUUUGGCCAUAAUGACUAUCGUUAUGUUUAGAGGAAAAAGGGGAAGGCUUGCAAGCCGAAGAACACCAUCCCAACCGUGAAGAACGGGGGUGGCAGCAUCAUGCUGUGGGGGUGCUUUGCUGCAGGAGGGACUGAUGCACUUCACAAAAUAGAUGACACCAUGAGGAAGGAAAAUUAUGUGAUUAUAUUGAAGCAACAUCUCAAGACAUCAGUCAGGAAGUUAAAGCUUGGUCGCAAAUGGGUCUUCCAAAUGGACAAUGACCCGAAGCAUACUUCCAAAGUUCUGGCAAAAUGGCUUAAGGACAACAAAGUCAAGGUAUUGGAGUGGCCAUCACAAAGCCCUGACCUCAAUCCUAUAGAAAAUAUGUGGGCAGAACUAAAAAGCGUGUGCAAGCAAGGAGGCCUACAAACCUGACCUCAGUGUACACCAGCUCUGUUCAGGGGACUGGGCCAAAUCACGGCCCCACUUAUGUGUAGGCAGCUUCGUUGAAAGGCCACUACCCGAAACGUUUGACCCAAGUUAAACAAUUUAAAUGUCAGGAAUUGUAAAAACCUGAAAAAUGAUUGGCUAGGUGUAUGUAAACUUCCGACCAACUGUAUAGGAUGGUAUGAGAAAUAACAGUGAAAACAGACAUAUAGGGAUGGUAUGACUGACAUUAGAACAAAUAUAAGUGGUAUUAACUGACUAAGACAGGAAUUUUACUAGGAUUAAAUGUCAGGAAAUGUAAAAAUGAAACUGACAAAGAGAAAUUGGCUAUAGGAUGUAUGAAACUGACAGUAAAAACUGUAUAGGGAUGGUAUGAGACUGACAGUAGAAAACAGACAUAUAGGGAUGGUAUGAGACUGACAGUAGAAAACAGACAUAUAGGGAUGGUAUGAGACUGACAGUAGAAAACAGACAUAUAGGGAUGGUAUGAGACUGACAGUAGAAAACAGACAUAUAGGGGUAGCAGCAGACUGGCAGCCUCCUAACAGUGAAGUAGAGGGAUGGGAGGAAGAGAGAGGCCGGUGCUACAGUGGCAAAGCCUGGUACCGUUAGCCAAAGCCUAAGAUGGCUCAAUGGAGCCAUCCAUCACCUUUGAUUACUGGUCCAAUGCUCUUAACCAAUAAUGCAUUCCUUUCUGAAACAAUGCCCGGAGGAAGAGUUAUAGAGGUGAAAGGUCCAAUACUGUCCAAUACAGUGAGCAACCUGUUGGAAAAUGCAUUCCUGGAAGUUCUAGAAAUGCAUUUUAUUCAUAUUCCCAGCAUAUUCAUUACAUAUUUAUGCCAUCAGUAGAAACCGAUCAGUGGCCCACCUGGUCUCAGUGUUGUAGUCUUGCUUCUCAUCUACAGAGUACUGUUCCUGGUCCAUAUUUUCCCCUCUUCAGGGCAGAUAUGUAAAUUUAAUGACGCUGGCGAAGUGUAUGAGAUCAGGUUACUGUAUUGAUUACACAGUGACCCUGCUCCGCUCUGCUCUAUCAGAGACUCAGCGACACAGAGACCCAGAGAGACAGGCCAGGAGCAGCACUAGUAGCAGGUAGCAGCUCCAUGCAGGUUACAGCACCACACCACUCUGCUCCAGGGAAAGACAUGCCGGGCAAAAACUGCUUUUCCUUUCUGAAAAGCAAGCAUCAGAGGUAA